AUGCGCUUUGAUACCUUAUCGCUGAGCGCGUCAGCAGCAUUGCUCUUCCUCUCCUCCCAGUUCACACAAGCCUAUGUCAUCCCCCCUCAUGCCAUCCACGCUCCCGGUCUAGUCGCGCGUCAAGAACCCCUCGCCUCCGCCGUCAACUCGACCUUCAUCGCAUGUCUAAAGCCCCUGGGGUCCAAGGUGCUUCAACGCCAAACCUCGGGCUUUGAAAAGAACCGCUACGCGUUUGAUCUCCGAUACACCUACGACCCCGAGGUCGUCGUCAUGGCUGCCUCUGCGGCCGAUGUCCAGGUCGCCGUCAAGUGCGCUAAGGCCUCCAAUGUCCCUGUCGCCCCCCGGUCUGGUGGCCAUUCCUUUGAGGGCUACUCAAUUGGUGGUCAGGACGGUUCUUUGGUCUUGGACCUUGCUGGUCUCAACUCUGUUACCGUCACCGGAUCUGGUAACACUGCCGAAGCCAAGGUCGGAUCUGGUGUCCGUCUGGGACCUCUUUACCUUGCGCUUUUCAAUCAAGGCGGCUGGACCCUCAACGGGGGUACUUGUCCCAGUGUCGGUGUAGGCGGCCACACGCUGGGUGGUGGAUUUGGACUAUUGUCUCGCAAGUACGGUCUCUUGAUUGACAGCCUGCUUGAGAUUGAGGUCAUCAAUGCCGACGGCAACUUGGUCAAGGCCUCCAAGACCCAGAACCAAGAUCUGUUUUAUGCUCUCAGGGGCGCAGGAGGCGGAUCCUAUGGAGUCGUCACCUCCUUUACUUACAGACCCAUCAAGCCUGCCGACAAGGCCACCUCCUUCACCUACGAUUGGCCGCUCUCCCAAGCCUCCACUGUCUUGAAAGCCUACGUUGACUUCCAAGCAUCCGCAUCCAGAGACAUUGGUGUCGAGAUGAAUGUUGCGCCGGACGGUCUGGAGAUGUACGGUAUCUACCAGGGAACAAAGGCUAAUCAGGCCACCGCCAUGGCUUCCUUCCUCAAGGCCGCCGGUAAACCUAAGAGCUCCGAUGUCAGAGAAGGCCGCUACAUUGACGGCCAGCUCCGUUUCGCCUAUAUCUACAACGACCCCAAGGAUAUCAACGCCCUCGGUCUGACAGGCAGCUACAAACCCGGCGACUCUCGUUACACCAAGGGCAAGUCCCUCGUCUACCCCUCCGCCCUCAAGACCUCAACCAUCAACCUCCUCAAGAAAUGGGCUGCCAUGAACCCCUCAGGCGGAACUGCCAACUACAUCAUUGUCGACCUUUGGGGCGGCGCCGUCCAGGACCAUUCUGCCGACGAAACCUCCUUCAUUCACCGCGACGCCCACACCGUCUUUGAAUUCGUCUCCGAGUGGGACGAGAACCCGAACGCCAAGCCCGGCAAGCCCGACUGUGCUGCCUGUCUCAAGUGGAUGAACGACAUGUACGCCGAGUUCCUGACCGACUUCAAGGCCAACUACGGUCCUGUCCGUGGAUACCAAAACUACAUCGACAAGGAGAUGCCCAACUGGCAGGACGCCUACUAUGGCUCGGCUAUUACCCGCCUAAAGCAGAUCAAGAAGUCUGUCGAUCCUGGCAACAUCUUCCGUUUCCCUCAGAGCAUUCCUCUGCAGUAA